AUGUCAAUCUCGAAGCGCAUCCUCAUUAUCGGUGGCAGCGGUCGCACCGGCAAGUUGGUCAUCAACGAACUCCUUGCACGGGGUCAUGAAGUCACGGCACUCGUCCGCAAACCCGAGUCACUAGAAGCCAAAGCCGGCCUCAAGACCAUCACCGGCACGCCCAUGAACAAGGAAAAUGUGCGCAACGCCUUCGCACACAGCAACCCCGAAGUCGUCGUCGUUACACUCAGUGCACCACGUGCCGGCGAUAGUCCCUUCGCAGCAGUCGUUUCUCCACCCCGCCUGAUGGCCGACUCAACCGCCAACGUCGUCGCCGUCAUGAAAGAGUUUAACACGCCCAAGAUAGUCAUCAUGCAAGCCUUCGGAGUCGGCGAGUCGUGGCCAAACAUGCACUGGGUGAUGCGCAUGCUUAUGAAGAAGAGCAAUAUGAUCUACCAGUACGACGACCACAACCUUGUCGCAAAAGAGGUUAAAGCCAGCGGAGAGAACUACGUCUUUGUGCGUCCAUCGAGGCUGGAAGAGGGCGAUGCGAAGGCGAUCCAGGAGUGGGCCAAUGACGGUAAGGGUGUCCCGAUGAUGGGAGCCAUCACCCGUGGCAGCGUUGCGAAGUUCAUAGUUGAGGCGACCGAGAGCAGGACCUGGGACGGAACGGCGCCUGUUAUCACAAACUAG